AUGGCUCCCGCCGACUCUAAGCCUUCUAAGCGGAAGCUCCUCGACAGUGACAGUGAUUCCGAGUCGGACAAUGGAGGGGCUCCCGUGGCAACAGACUCUUCCUUCAAGGUGAACGAAGAGUACGCCAAGAGGUUCGAGCACAACAAAAAGCGAGAGGAGAGGCAACGACACAUGAAUGCACCAGUGGAGGAAAAGUACAAGAAUGAUCCCCGCAAGGUUGAUAACGACGACGAUGACGAGUCGUCUUCCGAGGACGAGACCGAGGACGAGGAUGGCUUCCUAGCCACCGAGGACUUAGACGCCCAGAUCUCGGCCACGCUGCAGGCCAUCCGCACAAAGGACCCCCGUGUGUACGACAAGGACGUGGCCUUUUAUAAACAAGAAGAGGCAGACGCCGCCGCCGCCGCCGCCGCCAGGGAUGCCAAGAAGAAGAAGGAGAAGCCCGUGUAUCUGAAGGACUACCACCGCGAGAGGUUCCUGCGGGGAGACAUCGGGGCGUCGGACGACGAGGGCGACAACGCGCCCCCCCCUCCGCAGACGUUUGCGCAGGAGCAGGACGCGCUGCAAAAGUCCAUCGUCAACGAGAUGCACGCCGCCAAGGCUGACUCUGACGACAGCGGCUCGGACUCGGACGACAACUUCAUGAAGCGCAAGGUGAAGCCCGCCGCCGACGCUGCCGACGUCGCGGAGGCGGUCGAGGGCGUGCACCCUUCGCGCGCGGCGGCCGUCAGCAAGCCGUCCAAGGAGCGCAAGAAGGUCAAGCUGUCGGAGGCGGACAUUGAGAAUGCGGACCGCGACCCGGAGACGUUCCUGUCCAACUUCCUGAGCGCUCGCGCCUGGGUGCCGGACGAGGGCACGUCGGCGCAGUGGGAGGCCUUCGAGUCGGACGACGGCGAGUCGGACAGCAACGACCGGCGCGAGACAUUUGAGCAGGCGUAUAACUUGCGCUUCGAGGACCCCGAGAAGAGCAACGAGGUCCUCAAGUCGUACGCGCGUGACUUCGCGGCGGCCAAGUCGGUCCGCCGCGAGGAGAAGUCGUCGAGGAAGCGUCGCCGCGACGCCGAGCGCGAGAAGAAGGAGGCCGAGAAGGCGCAGCGCCGCGAGGAGAAGGCCCGCCUGCGCAAGCUGAAGCUCGACGAGGCCCAGGAGAAGCUUGCCAAGGUCAAGCAGGCCGCCGGAUCCGUGGGCACCAAGCUCACCGACGCCGAAUGGCUGCAGUUCCUCGACGACGCCUGGGACGACGACGCCUGGGAGGACGAGAUGAAGAAGCGUUUCGGAGACGAGUACUACGCCAUCGAAGAGGGCGAGGAUGCAGGGUCCGACGACGAAGAUGAAGACGAGGACGCGUCCGGCGACGACGGCGACAACAACCAGAAGAAGAAGAAGAAGAAGAAGAAGAAGCACCCCAAGAAGCCCACGUGGGACGACGACAUUGACAUCAAAGACAUCGUACCCGAAUUCGACGAAUCCGAAGUCGAUCCUCAGCUCCUCGACCAUGUCGAAGAAGAGGAUGCCGAAGAGGAAGAGGAGGGCCGCCCCACCAAGAAGCGGAAGGCAGGGGACCACAAGCGCGCUCGCAUGGAAGCCCAGAAGGAAGCCCGCCGGGAGCGGGCCAAGCUCGAGGCCCUGGUAGACAGCAAGCUCGAGCUGAGCCACCACGACACCCUCACCUCAUCCAGGUCGGGCGGCUUCCGGUACCGCGAGACGGAGCCCGAGUCCUUCGGCAUGACGGCGCGCGACAUCCUCCUCGCCCCCUCGGACUCCCACCUGAACGACUACGCCGGUCUGAAGAAGCUCGCGCCCUUCCGCCCAGCAGAGAAGAGGCAGCGAGACGCCCAGAGGCUGAGCAAGAAGAAGCGUCUCAGGAAGUGGCGUCGUGAGGUCUUUGGCCGCGAGUACGAGCACUCGGGUCCAACUUACGGGUUCGAGAAGUUUGCCGAGCAGGAGGAGCAGGACCACCAGCAUCAGCAGCAGCAUGGCGAUGGCAGGAGCCACGAUAGGAGGAACCACAGCAGGAAGAAGGUCGACGGGGCUGGUGAGGAUGAGGAGUCAAACAUUGUCGGCGACGUCGGUGGUUCGCGGAAGAAGAGGAAGAGGUCAAAGAGCAAAAAGGAGACUGACGCUGUCUGA